CCUUUUUUCAUGCUCCAAGAAUGGAACGUGGAGGCUCAACAUCUGAUGCCCCUCCAGCCUCCGCUGGUCCCUGAGCUGAGCCACAUGAGAGAAGCGCAACUGCACACCGCCGAGGCCUCGCUCUGGAGCGUCGUAGCCACGGUGCAGGCCAUGGAGAGGAAGAUCGACUUGCUGGCCACACGGUUGCUCAGCUUGGAAGGGCGGUCUGGGACGGCGGAGAAGAAACUCUUGGACUGCGAGAAGACAGCCAUGGAGUUCGGCAACCAGCUGGAGAGCAAGUGGGCCGUCCUGGGGACCCUCAUCCAGGAGUACGGCCUGCUGCAGAGGAGGCUGGAGAACGUGGAGAACCUGCUGAAGAACCGGAACUUCUGGGUCCUGAGGCUGCCCCCCGGGGCCAAGGGAGAGAUCCCCAAGAUGCCGGUGACAUUCGUGGACAUCGCGGUCUAUUUCUCUGCCGAAGAGUGGAAGAACUUGGCUGAGUGGCAGAAAGACCUGUACAACAAUCUCGUGAAGGAGAACUACGAAUCCUUGCUAACACUCGGUAUAAUCAUGCUAUUGACAGCCGCCUGUCUCUUAUGUCCUUAUGUGCAUUUAUGGAAAUUUAAUGGUAAUGCAGGUAGUCCUCGACUUACAACCACAAUUGGGACCAGAACAU